CAGCAGAUUAUCAUGAUGAAUGGAUCAACGCGUAUUGCAGUCCAAAGAUCACAAUCAAUAUUUAAGGUGUCGGACGUGCGUCCUCACCUCCAUUCCGCGCUCCUACCUUCAAAAUGCACUUCCGAUUCGCAAACUUCGUCCAAAUCCGUUUGAGUCCUACUACUUUACUCCUCCUCACUGUCCUCGGCCAGAUUGUGAUCAUGGGUUUUGCAUGGGGCUUCACCGGAGCAAUCUGGUACAUGGGGGUUCUCGCACUGCCUGAUCAUAUCGUUUAUCUGAUCGUAGAGUAUCCGACCGUGAUGACCUUGAUAGUUACGUUGAUCUCAACUGCCUUGGCGAUCAUUACUUCAACGUACGUCUUCCUCUGCACAUCCAGUCUGAAAUCCUACCCUUCUGUUAUUGCACAGGUUCUUCACAUUUUCCGUCAAGGAAGCGCUUCGGCACCACCUUUCAGGGUCAUCGAUUACACUGUUCAAGCUUCGCACUGCAAUAGCGCUGAGCAGGCCGACCUGGAUAUUGCGAUGGUGAUUUCUCAAGCUGUCGGCCCUCACGUUGGUGGUCUAUGCGAUGGUCACAUUUCUAAGCACGAGGUCUGCGCUGUUCUUAAUGAACCUAGCGGAGAUAUGUUUGACGCUGGUUUAUACAGUUGGAGCACUUUCCUCCUACCCACCCUUAUUCAAUGGCCUGUGGAAAUAUUCGGAACGGAACUAGACUUGGGAUCUGCUGCAUUUGUAAAUCAGUUGAAUAGGGACCUUCAUACCUACAACUACACUGCGAACUCCGUACAAGCACCUGCAUUUGACACCAUCAGUGUCUUGGCUCUCCUCGGUGGUAUUGCUGCGGUCAGCGUUCAAGGAGGUGUGGAAACGAGUAGUAUGUUCAACUUCAACGGAGUUUCAUACAAUCAGUCGACUGGUGGAGUUCUCCCCGUGAUAGAGGAGUACUCUGGAUCAUCAACCCCGUCGGGUUCUGACGUCGGCCUGGCGUUCACCGGUGGACAAGUACCAGUUAAUAUCAGUUUUAACUGGGGACACCUUGAACGCGAUGCAGACACUCAAGGCAUUGCGAAGAGCUACACUGUUACACAGCAGGGUCUCACAGCAAAUGUUACAUGUCAGCCGAUCGACCGCAGCCAGAAUACGUUUUCACUUACCCCAUACCCGGUGCCAGGACCUACGGGCUCGAAUAUGACGUUCAUCACGUGGAUAACCGAAGCGAAUUGUUCAGGAAACUUAAAUUCAAUGACCUACUAUACCAUUGGCAACGCAACCGGUCAGACAAACGAUGCAACGGAUGGAUUACUCCCCACUGUUGUAUGUCCCAGCCCAAACUCGAUGACAUUCAACCCAUAUAAGUUUGAUAUCUUCAUGUCUGGCUUGUACGAGUACAGCUUUUUUCCAACGACCGUUUGCGAGGUCGUUCCCUACCUGACCACUGUCAACGUCACUUAUAAUGGAGGCAUCAUAUUUGUCGAUCGGAUUGGCGCAUCUUCCGGUUCGACAAGCAGUUCAAAUUUACCUGUAUCUCAGUUUAUCGCGAGUGUAAUGAAUUAUCAAGCGGGGAUAAACCAAGCCACAAGCACGAAUACAAUUAGUAACUUUUUGGCCGCGUAUGGUACGAGCAAUGUAUCAGUGAUGUACAACGAACUCGUAAAUUUUCCCCCUUCCUCUGGUAUCACAUGACUGAUUACUUUUUUUUUUUUUUUUUUUUUUUGCAUCAGAUUUAGUCCUUUGGGGUCAUUGACCCUAUGUUGGACAUUUUUCGUCAUGUGCGUUUUUCUCUAUAUGGGACGGGGCAGAUAUAUGUGCUAGCGCUGCUUAUGGGACUGACACGUACUCCCUGUGCUGCCUGGUGGGGCAGCACAGGUAAGUACAAAAG